CCUAUGGGUAACUCCUGGUAUCAGUCUUUUAAGCCGUUAGCAUUCUCUUCUUUCUAUUUUCUUUAUGUCUUGGCUGUUUUCCUUCAUUGCCGCAUCAACGUCAAUAUUUGCAUUCACACACAAUCUUUCGCAAUCACUGAUUUGAAGCUGCCAAACCAUUUUAAUCAAUCAUGGACUUUGCUUUGCUGCAGGUGAAUGGUGAUGCUUAACCGAGGAGAGGAGCCUCAUUGUCAAAGCUCACCAACCAGACCCCAAAAUCCACUCCUGAAAAAAUGAACUCUCUUUCUCUAUCCCCAUCCGUCUAAACCUUCUCAUAUACUUCUUCACUCUCACUCGUCUUUGCUUGAAAACAACAUGCAGACUCACCUCAUCAGCCCUCUCUUCUUCUUCGUCUUCCUUUGCUUCCCAUUCUUGCUCAAUGUGAGUUUAGCCGGUGCUGCUAGGGUGCUGCUGGCCGGGGACAACCCACUUACGCCAAAAGCAUUUCUUAUUCGGUAUUGGGACAAGGAGAUCCACAAUAAUUUACCGAAAUCUCCAUUCAUUCUAUCCAAGGCAUCCCCAUUGAACGCCGUGGAUGCCGCCACUUUUACCAAACUCGCAGCCCAAAACGCACUCUCCACUAAGUUCUCCGCUUUCUGCUCCUCCGCCAAUCUCUUCUGCUUCCCAGAUUUAGCGCCCAGCUUCGAAAAUCACAAUGGAAACUCCAACUUUGCUGUCUACCUCAACAAGAACUUUACCAAUUAUGGCACGGGUGUGGUGAACGGAGUCGACUCGUUCAAGAACUACUCAGAUGGCGACAAUCUUCCUGUCGACUCUUUUCGCCGAUACGGCCGCACCUCCAUCGAUAACAACGAAAAAUUUUCAACUUAUGGCUCUGAAGGGAACGUCGUCGACCAAAGCUUCAACACCUACGGUGCCCAUAGCAGAGGCGGCGCCAGCGAGUUCAAGCAAUACAAUGAGCAAGUAAAUGUCCCAAAUCUCCGGUUCUCGUCUUAUUCCGAUGAUGGGAAUAAAAAGGCCCAAAGUUUCUCCAGUUAUACAGGGGACACAAACUCCGGUAGCGAAUCAUUCACCAGUUAUGGGAAGAACGGGAAUGCAGUCCCUAAUGAGUUUACGAACUAUGGAGAGAACUCGAAUGUGAUUCAGUCGGUUUUUACGAAUUACGGCGAGAAUAGUAAUGGAGCUAAUGAUACCUUCAAGUCUUAUGGGUUCAAUGGGAAUGUCCCAGAGAACAACUUCAAGAACUACGGUGCUAAAGGAGAUGGUUUUGAUACCUUCAUCAGUUACAGAGAAAAAUCCAAUGUGGGUGACGAUUCCUUCCAAUCGUAUGCUAAAAGAUCAACUCAAGGAAAUGUCAAUUUCAAUAAUUAUGGGAAAUCAUUCAAUGAGGGGAGUGAUACCUUCUCAGGAUAUGGUGAAGGAACAGAUGGGCAGAAGAUUGGGUUCAAAGGCUAUGGAGUGAACAACACUUUCAAAGAUUAUGCCAAUAAGAAGACUGUCUCUUUUUCCGAGUACAGCAAUAUAAGCUCUACAGCUACUACAAAUAAGCUCAGUGGUAAUUUGGUAAAUAAGUGGAUUGAGCCUGGCAAAUUCUUCCGUGAGUCUGAGCUGAAGAAGGGUAACGUGAUGCCAAUGCCGGACAUUAGAGAUAAAAUGCCACAAAGGUCGUUUUUGCCCCGGUCGAUCACCUCAAAAUUACCAUUCUCCACCACCGAGAUCACCCUACUCAAGGAUGCUUUCCACGCUGCAGAAAAUUCCACCAUGGAGAAGAUAAUUAUGGACGCUCUUAACGAGUGCGAGAGAGCCCCUAGCCCCGGCGAGACCAAGCGCUGCGUGGGCUCUGCCGAGGACUUGAUCGACUUCGCCACCUCCGUCUUAGGCCAGAAUGUGGUGGCAAGUACGACGGAAAACGUGAACGGAUCAAAGAAGGACAUCAUGAUCGGAUCAGUCAAAGGGAUAAACGGUGGAAAAGUGACCAAGUCCGUAUCUUGUCAUCAGAGCUUGUUCCCUUACCUGCUCUAUUACUGCCACUCGGUUCCCAAAGUUCGGGUUUACGAAGCGGACAUCUUGGAUCCAAAUAGCAAGGCAAAGAUCAACCACGGCGUUGCCAUUUGUCACUUAGAUACUUCCUCUUGGAGCCCCACCCACGGAGCAUUCUUGGCUUUGGGUUCGGGUCCGGGUCGGAUCGAGGUGUGCCACUGGAUUUUCGAGAACGAUAUGACUUGGACCACCGCGGAUGAAUAAGCUUGGCGAACUUGGUUUCGGUUGGCUUUUGUAUUAUCCUUGUUUGGGUUCGAACCCCCGGCUAAAAAAGGUUAGCCGGCGGCUCGAUCUUUAUAAAGCUUGGUUUAAAUAUCAGAGUAUUUAUAAGUUGUGGGUUUCUUAAUUAUUAGAGACAGGGUUAAGUCGUUUUGGGAAAAGCUUAUUAUUAUCAACCAUAAAUCUCUUAAAUAAUAAAUCUCUAAUUGAUUA